GGCGAGGGUAUCCUAAAUCGUUAACUGGUGCGCAUAGCCCCACUGAGGCUUGGUGGGCUUGCAAUCUUGUAAGCUUGUACACAAAGCAAACGUCAUGGAUGGAAUCAGAUUGACCUUCCUUGUCCUUCGACCCCUCAUUAUGAAGUGUAUAGCGAGGGAUAUCUUAGCAGUUUAGGUAGGUAGCUCUAGUCAGUGGGGGAGGGAGGCAUUAAAGUGGAAAGUAGAAUAUGUCAACAAAUAUUUGAACACCCCUCAUCCUUCUUCAAGCUCACUAUUUUUCGAUCUCUAUUCAACAUUCUACUCAAAAUUCUGAGACUAUUUGAAUAACCCGAAUCCGUAAACUUGUAAUAAAUAUGGCAGUCAAGACACCUACCGUCAAGUUGGCCUCUGGCUAUGAAAUGCCCAUUGUUGGCUUUGGUAUCUGGAAAGUGCCUCAAGAAACUUGCGCCGACCAAGUCUAUAACGCUAUCAAGUUGGGGUACAGACACAUCGAUGGAGCCUGGGAUUAUGGCAAUAGCGCCGAAGCGGGGCAAGGUGUACGACGCGCCAUUGAGGAGGGUAUCGUAAAACGUGAGGAUGUGUUUAUCACCUCCAAACUAUGGAACAACUACCACGCCCGCGACCGCGCACAUGAGAUGGCCAAGUUAGAGAAUGAGGCCUGGGGAUUAGGAUACCUAGACUUGUUCCUAAUUCACUUCCCCGUCUCACAAGAAUUCAUCCCAUACGAGCAACUCAGAUACCCAGCUUUCUGGAGUGAUAAGGAACAAACCAAGGUCACUCCUUUCAAGCAGGUGCCUAUCCAAGAGACAUGGAAGGCGAUAGAGGAGUUGGUACAAACAAAAGAGAACCCUAAUGGCUUCGUCAAGAGCAUCGGUGUAUCAAACUUCCAAGCUCAACUGAUAUAUGACGUAUUGUCAUAUGCAAAGAUUCACCCCAGCGUGUUGCAGAUCGAGCACCACCCCUACUUGACUCAACCUGACUUAAUCGCCUUGGCGCGGGAGAACAACAUCACUGUCACCGGUUACUCGACAUUUGGCCCGCAGAGUUUCCUCGAGAUGGACCAUGCUGUAGCCAAGACAAUUAAGCCGCUAUUCGAGACUGAUGCUGUGAAGAGCGUCGCCACCAAGCAUGGAAAGUCGCCUGGUCAAGUCCUACUUCGAUGGUGCACACAGCGCGGUAUCAUCGUCAUUCCUAAGUCAAACAGCGUGGAGCGUCUAAAGCAAAACCUCGAGUCCAGCACGUUUGAUCUGAGCGAGGAUGAGAUUAAGCAGAUUUCGGCUUUGAACGUCAACCUUCGCUUCAACAACCCGCCAGCUCCCAUUCGCAUUUUCGCGUAAAUAUGAUAUGAAGUCAGUCGGAAGGGUGCUGGUUGCUCAUCCUUAUACCUAAGAUACCUUAUUUAGCUCCAAUAGAAUAGACUACCAAAUAUAAUGGUGAAUUAUGUCAGAAUGUGCGAAUAAUAAUUUCAUGUAAAUUAAUAUGAUCUACCUGGGUGCCGCGGGAUGUAUCUAAGGGACCUAGCUUAAUAGAGCCC